AAAGAAAAGAAAAGAAAUUGACCAAUGCUGUGUUACUCUGCUGUCACCCACCGGACUCCAUUCCAUUUCAACUUUCUAAUGCAUUUCAAAUCCGUUGCCCUUCACUGGUUCUAACAUUACGAUUCUACUUUCCUUUCUCUACCAUUCUCUCUCUGUUCCAAAAUAAGCUUUUGGGUCCUUGUGAGCCUUUAUAUGAGGUUGAGGGCAUAGAACCCCGUACUUUAGGCUUUUGCGCUUUAAAACACUGGUGUUGGUAAAUCAUCUCAUUUGUUAGCCAGCCAACUCUGAAAGAUUGUACUCCCAAGUCCCAACAAUGCAUGCCAUGUGAUUGAUGUAAACUCAAGUCUGAAUGAUUACAUGGCCUCCUGGGGUAAAAUUAUAGUAGUGCAGUACUGCAUGAAGAGAGAGGAAGAUUUCUUGAACUUGUUGUAGCUUCUUGAUGGAAUGUUCCAAGGAACGGACAAUGCAGUCUGCCAUGGAAGAAUUAGUCUCCAACUUGUCAAGAAUAUCUAGGAGCCAAACAUUCUGAUAAAGUCUUCAAAUCAGAAGGUGGUCCAGACUCCUGUCUGCAAAAUGCUGGUUUAGAAAGCCACUCCCCAGGUGUCUAUAAAGAAUACUGUGGUGCUGAGAUUUCAGAUUUGUCUUGUGAGAGCACUCCAAGGCUUGGAUACAAGGAUAACCGCAGUUCUCUUUUGCUUGAUCAUAUGUCAGUACAAGAACGACAAUUGGCCUUUAGGAACAUGUUCAGACAUGAAACACCAGUAAUGGACAAGCAGUGGCCGAAGCACAGUACUUCACCUGGUUUGCAGAAUUUUUUUGAGUUAGAAAGUCGUUCAAACCUCGCAGAAUGUGGUCUAAUGUCCAAAAAAAAUGAAGGAAAAACUGUUCUCUCGUCUAGCAUUGAGUUCUUUGGAAGGGAUUCUGGCACAAUCAAAGGAUCACUAAGUGAUGAAAGUAUGUCUAGAGAUCUGCUGGUAAAACGGAAGAAGCUUGCUGACCAUGAAUCUUUGAAGACCUCAAAUUCUAGGGUUAGUGAAAUUGAACUAUGCUCGUCGGAUGAAAGGGAUAAAGCAGGAGCGUUUGCCAUGCAAAAGAGAUCACGAAGGCCUCCCAGGAGAUACAUUGAAGAAUUAGCAGAGUCUAAAUCAAAGUUUUAUAGUAGAAAAUGUGGAGUGGCUUGUAAGAGGUCCAAGAACAGCUUUCUGCAUGUUAGAUCUGACAAAAAUAAUAGGCAGAAGGAGACUCAGGAAGAAACAUUGCUUUGUCAAGAUAAAUCUUAUGAAGUAGGUUGUAUUCAAGUUCCAUUUGGCCUUCCAGUGGAAACGGGCCAGUUAGAGGAACAUAACUCAUCUCUGAACUCUGAGGAUUGCAAGGACCACAGACUCCUAAGAUCCAGUGAGAAACUUGAGAUUGAGUAUUCUGCAGCAAAAUCACGAGAGGAGAUUUCUGAAGAUGAGUGUGUCUUGAGGAGAAGUACUCAAAAAGGUAGCAAACAGAUAAAGCAUUAUACAUCUUGGACUUCUUCUGAAGUGAUGAAGUUAAUUGAAGGUGUUUCUCAGUGUGGAGUUGGAAGAUGGAGUGAAAUGAAGAGAUUACUGUUUUCUUCAUGUUCACAUCGAACAGCUGUUGAUAUUAAGGACAAAUGGCGUAAUUUGUUAAAAGCUAGCUGCACUCAGUUGCAGAAAGAGAGAAAGAUUAAGAGAGACAUAAGCAAGCAAGCAUCCGAUCAUGUACCAGAAUCUGUUUUGCAGCGCGUUAGGGAGUUGGCCGUCAUUUAUCCAUAUCCAAGGCGAAAAAGUCAACAGGGAAAGAGAGUUCUGUAUACGUCUUUUUCUCAUCCUUAUCUCAAGUAGUCGUUGUCAUUUUGUCAGCGCUUAUUAUUGCGUUGUAAAACUUCAAUCCACUCAAAUAUCAACCUUCAAAGUGUGAUUGCGGCUCUACUACAAUGGGUUUUUUUUCCCUCAACACAAAUGAUAGGAUAUUUUCAAAGAUACCACGAUACCGCGAUAGAACUGGCCAACUACAAUGCUUGGAGUCAACUUUUUGCAUCCAAGGAAUUUGCUGCAAUAAUAACUCUGAGGAUUGCAAGGACCAGACUCCCAGGAUCCAGUGAGAAACUUGAGAUUGAGUAUUCUCUAGCAAAGUCACGAGAGGAGAUUUCUGAAGAUGAGAGUGUCUCGAGGAGAAAUACUCAAAAAGUUAGCAAAUAGACAAAGCUUUAUACAUCUUGGACUUCUUCUCAAGUGAUGAAGUUUUGAAGGUGUUUCUCAGUGUGGAGUUGGAAAAUGGAGUGAAAUGAAGAAAGAGAGAAAGAUUAAGAGAGAGAUAUAAGCAAGCGAGCAUCCGAUCACGUUCCAGAAUCUGUUUUGCAGCGCGUUAGGGAGUUUGGCCGUCAUCUAUCCAUAUCCAAGGCGAAAAAAGGUCCGCUCGUAAUACUCAUGCAAUGUCUUCGUUUUCAACCACCAAGA